AUGUUUUUAUUCCCUAAUGCAGUAAUCAGCAAAUAUACUCUAAAAAAAAAACCAAAACUGCCAAGAAGAUGCACGUCACAAGGCCGCCGACUUCCAAGCAGUCUGAUUCUGAACAUCAAUAGAGGUUAUGGCCUUGCGCAUGGCCUGCUAAGCGAGGCUUGCGUGUUCUUCUUCGAUGCGCUAUUCCGUGCUCGCCCGCGGCUCCCACUAUUUCGCCAAUUCCCCAUCUGUAUAUCGUGCAGCACCCUGAAAAAGCUCCCUAGUGUCGGUGGCAGUUUCAGAAACAAAGCAUUCACACGAAAUAAUGGCGUGAUGGACCGGGUCAUGGAACGCAACCAAGAGUUCAAUUUUUGCACGUCAACUGCUGCUUAUUUCCUCUUUCGAAAAGAAACUAUGCGUUUUCCCCACGAAACAUAUUUACAGAAGCAGAAGCAGAAGCAGAAGCAGAAACAGCAACAGCAACAGUAA